AUGGAUAAGAUGGACUUUGAAACCGUAUUGCGACCAAUUCACACAUGUUUUCAUGACCCUAAUAAGACUGCCACCACAUCCACCCACAAACAUCAACCUCAUUCCUUUGCUUAUUUGAUGAAGUGCUCCUUCGAUGAUUCCCUCUCGAAAUUCAGAUCGUAUCGAGGCCCCGAUUGCGCCAAUCAAUUCGUUACAACUCUCGAUCGAGAUGUUUAUGAUAUUUAUCAUCGAUAUUUGAAGAUCGUUUCUCCCAUGAUACCCCUGACAGAUGAAGAAAUACGUCUCUUCUCUGACGCUACCUCUUGCAAUAUUUGCGAAGAACCCUUUCUGGACGAUGACGUCAAGGUGCAUGAUCAUUGUCAUUUGACCGGUAAAGUUCGAUUAGGAGCUGCUCACUCCAGAUGUAAUUUAAAUUACAAACUACCCAACUUUGUACCUGUUUUUUUCCACAACCUCUCCGGAUAUGAUUGCCACUUGUUUCUAAAGGAAAUGGCUGUGAACGAUGUUAAAUUUACCGUAAUAGCUCAAAAUAAAGAAAAAUACAUAUCCUUUUCCAAAUUAUUACGAGUUGAUACGGUUCAAACUGAAACAGACGACUCAACACAAAAUGUGUUCGUGAAGAUUAGAUUUCUCGAUUCCUAUCGUUUCAUGGCUUCCUCCCUCGACAAGCUGUCGGAUGAACUUGAUGCUCAUCAAUGUUUGCAAGUGAAAAAAUACUUUCCCGAUCCUAAUCACUUUCAACUUAUGCGACGAAAAGGUGUUUUCCCUUAUUCCUACGUUGAUGAUGUUGCUAAGCUUGAUGAAACAACAUUUCCACAGAAAGACGAUUUCUUCGAUAAAUUGACUUCCCUCCCCGUUUCCGAUGACGAUUACAAAAGAGCUAAAACUGUUUGGAAUACUUUUUCAUGUUCAACUCUAGGAGAAUACUCCGAUAUCUACUUGAAAACAGAUGUUCUUUUGCUAGCUGAUGUUUUCGAGAAUUUCCGACAAAUAUGUCUCACCACUUACGACUUAGAUCCUGCUCAGUAUUACACAGCGCCAGGGCUUGCGUGGGAUAGUAUGUUAAAAUUCACUCGCGUUAGUUUACAACUUCUGACUGAUAUCGAUAUGUUAAAAUUUUUUCAAAAAGGGGUACGUGGAGGAAUAAGUCAAUGCGUUCAAAGAAUGCACUUCGCUAACAACCCUCACAUCCCCGAUUACAACGCGUCCGCGCCUACCUCCUACAUUAUGUAUUUGGAUGCUACUAAUUUGUAUGGACAUAGUAUGAGUCAAGCACUUCCUAUUUCCCACUUCCGUUGGCUAACCCAAGCCGAAAUUGAUGAAUUGAAUGUUCUCUCUUUACAUGCUUCUUCUGAAUACGGUUACGUACUUGAAGUAGAUGUUGAAUAUCCCCAACACCUCCAUGAUUUACAUGCUGAUCUCCCCUUUUUAGUUGAAAACAUUAUCUCUCCUGCUAAUGUGAAUGUCUACAACCUUCAUCAGGGAUACUUCAUCUACAUCACCGAGUUCGACUACGUUGGGACAUCGCAAGGGCGGCCCCAACUGGGGCGUCGGCCCGCCUAA